AUGGCCAACGACGAUAACUCCAUCUGGGUCUACAGCCCUUCGUUUCCUCUGGCGGUUGUAGGAUGUGUCGUCUACAGUAUUUUGUUCAUCACAAUCACUUACACGACUUGGAUCAAGCACCGUGCGUGGUUCUUUUCUACCGUGGUGGUCGGCGCUGCGAUUGAAGUGGCGGGCUACGUCUGCCGCGUCUACUCGGCCAAACACCAGACGAUCCUCGUUCCGUACAUAUUGACACUGACUCUGACUGUCCUCGCCCCCGUCUUCAUCGCGGCCGGCAACUACCUCCUCAUCAGCCGCCUCAUUCUCAACGUCCUCCCGCCUAUCCACCAUCGUAUCCUCGGCAUUGCCGGCCGCCUCCUCACACCCACAUUCGUCACGUUCGACAUAGUCUCUUUCCUCGUUCAGGGUAAUGGAUCGGCCAUUGCGAGCGCAGGCAAUUGGACAGGCCCCAAGGAAAAGAUUGGGAGAUAUACCUUGAUUGGUGGUCUGUUGCUACAGCUUCUCGCCUUUGGGCUAUUCCUCACCGUUUUUGGUCGAUUUCAUUUCUUGGCCACUCGGUUCGCCGUGCCAGAAGCACCUAGUGGCUGGCGCAAGGUCGUCCGUGCCGUCUACAUUUCCAGUAUUGCCAUCAUGAUUCGUUGCAUUUAUCGAGUCUGUGAGUUUGCGGAAGGUAUGAAUGGCUACGCUUUCCGCACUGAGUGGCUAUUCUGGGUAUUCGAGACAAUCCCAAUGAUCUUUGCCAUCGGAGCGUUUUGUGUCUGGCAUCCCUCGCAACAUCUCCCACGGAACGCGCUUCUCUCGAAGAAGGCAAGGGCAAAGGAGCAUCUCUCCGUCGAGAUGGCUACGAGCACAUCUACUUCGCACGAGCAAACGGUUUAA